AUGUGUUACAUAUUUAUACUUUAUUGCUUACAAUAUUUGGGUCUUUCGCUCUCCACUUUUUAUUCUUCUUCAUUUAUUUAUCUAUAUAUUCAUUUAUUUCGUUAUAUAGUUUAUCACUUUUUCAUUCUUUCUAUAUUACAACCUUUUUUCUUUUUUUCGUUCUUUCUCGAUAAAGAUUUAAUAUGUGGUUUAAGUUCUAAUGGUUUCCUUUCUUUCUUUCUUUUUUCUUUCUUGCUUGCUUUUCCUAUGAAGAUUAAAUAUAUGGUUCAGGUUCUACCACAUUUUCUUUCUUUUUUUAUUCUUUCUUUAAUUCUUUCUUUAUUUAUCUAUAAAGACUUAAUAUAUGGUUUAAGUUUUACAGCUUUUCUCAUUCUUUUUUCUCUCUCUUUCUUUCUUUCUUUCCUUUCAUAUAACUAUUUAACAUUUGGUUCAAGUUCUAAUGCUUUACUUUCUUUCUUUCUUUCUUUCUUUCUUUCUUUCUUUCUCUCUUUCUUUUUCUUAAUUUUUCUUUGUUUUGUUUUCUUCAAAUUCUUCAUUAUUUACUUCCUCGUUUUUUUGUUUCUCCUUUCUUUCUUUAGGUUUAUUUCUUUUUUUCAUUCAUUGUUUUCACUUUUUCGUAGAUUUUUCAUAAAAUGUCUUUCUUUUUCCAUUCUUUUUCUUUACUCUUUACUUUUGUGUCCCUUAUUUUCAGUCUUUUUUCGAUCUCUUUCAUUUUGCUUUGUAACUUUCUUCACUUUUUAUAUAUUUUUGAUACCCGCUUCAUUAUGUAUUUCCUUGCAUUUUUCUUCUUUUUCACUUUUUUCAUUGUAUUUUCUGCCAUAUUUUCCACUCAAUAUUUCUAUUUUUUUCCAUUUAUUUCCUUUCUGUUUCCUUCUUUUACUCCCCCUUAUUGCUAUCAGCACCAGCCAUUCUUAUUCAUUAUCUGACAAUAUGUUUUACUUUCCUUUUCAGUCUCCUUAA